AUGGCGAAAAGCGAAGAAGUCAUAGAAGGACCAGUGCUUGUACUUCCAGUUGAUUUGAGUUUAAGCCUUUUGGAAUAUUUGGAACAUGAUCAGCUAUCAGGUCUAAAGGAAGUGUACUACAAUAUCAAGGAAGUUCUUUUCGAGUACCGCGGUAUGAAGAGAACCGUCCAGGGAUUGUUUGCAGUGAAACCCAGUAGUGGAGUGGUUGUUCUCGAACAGACCGUACACGACUUCGUUGGUGGUGUUUUUCAUCUUCUACUGGAGUCUAUUGACAGAGAAGCAAACGAUAAUAAGGAUCAGAGCAUCUUGAAGGUUUACAUUCAUGACGAAAGCGAUAUAGUCUGUUUGGAGUUGCAAGCAUCACCGGUCGCGGUCACCUCUGCAAAGGUCGACACCGUUAAGAAAACAAUCGCCGAUACAACAGGCUUCGACGUGCUCGUAAAAGAUUUGCAAUAUCAUCAUGAAGAGGGAUCAGUCAUCUACGACAUUACAAAUCUGCGUUUGGUUAGUGGAAUCAUAAUGUCUGUCUUAUAA